UGCAGAAGGCCUGUAGGUGGCGUUGUGCACCCUGAUGUAGUCCACCAUCUGCAAUUUAGAAGUUCACAAAUAGAUGUUUCAAUUAAACAUCAGUAACUGAUCAACGUGAAUAUAAGAACUGUAACAACACGUAUUCCUUCAUGAAGCCUGCUGUAUUAUCCCGUGUGACUCUGUGAUUACAUUAAGCAAAGGAGGGACGACUUGUCUUCUAUUAGUGGUCCUGCAUCACCAGCUUUUCAGGGUCUACUGGACGCCACCCAGCGAUCGGACAGAGACGCUUUUGUCUGAUAAGUCUUAAUGCUAAAUUGGAGUCACAUGUAUGCACAGUCUGUGGAGAGUUUCAGACUUCAUCCGGACCAUAUUCAAGUCAAAUCAUGAUCUGAGCAGCAGGGAGUCUUGGGGGAAAGUAUAAGAGUAUUCUAACGCAAUAUGGAGAGCCGGCACUGUUUGCUGCUGCUGUGCACACUAAGUUUAGCGCCGGCCUCUAGAGAGGCGACGAAAAAUGAUGAUGACAUCGACCUUGUCAGCUUCCUGAGAAGUAUCUACCCCGGGCCGCCGGGGGGAGACGAGCCGUUCAUCAUCAAGAGAGACUUUGAGUUAAACUCCCCGAAGGAGCCGGGGCGCCCCGAGGUCCUCUCCAUCACAGAGCAGACCAAGGUCAAACCGGUCGAUCGGGAUGCUCCCGGACCCGUGGUGUUAACCAAAGACGGCCGCAUCAAGGGGAUCAAGGUGGACAAGGCCUAUAUAUUCUACGGGGUACCGUACGCAGACCCUCCCGUCGGGGCUUACCGCUGGAAGCCCCCCAGACCUGUGAGUCCUCGGCCGGGGCUUUACGACGCCUCCUUCCCCAGGGCGUCAUGCAUGCAGGUCUGCAGCGGACCCGUCACCGAGUGUCCUCGGAGAGUCAGUGAGGACUGUCUCUACCUCAACAUCUUUGUACCUCUGGAUGUGAACUUCAUCUCCCCACUGGGGAGCCCGCUGCCGGUCAUGGUGUGGAUCCACGGAGGAGAUUUCAUAGCCGGCUCUGCGUCCAAGCCGCUGUACGACGGACGCUUCAUCACUAACUUCACCCACACUGUUGUUGUCAGCCUGGAGUACCGACUGGGUGCUUUUGGGUUCCUCUUGUCGGGCAAAGACCCUCACUCCUCGGCGGCGGGGAAUUAUGGGAUCUUGGAUCAGCAGGCGGCUCUUCUUUGGGUCCAACGGAACAUCGCAGUGUUUGGAGGUGAUCCCAGCAAGGUGACGAUAUUUGGGGAGAGUGCAGGUGCUCAGUCAGUGAGUCUUCACCUGAUGAUCCAGAGCAGCAAGCCUCUGUUCAAACAGGCCGUCCUGCAGAGUCUGCCCUUCUCCAUCCCUCUGAAGACCAGACACGACGCCCUGAAGCUGGGAAGAGACUUCGCUAAACAGACCAACUGCUCCGUGAGCGACAUCGUCUGCCUGCUGUCUCUCACCCCGCAGGCCGUGCUGGCCGCCCAGAUUAAAACAAGUUCCAAGAUUGUGAACCCGUUCAGGUUCCUGGAGGUGUUUGAGACGUGGGGUCCGUAUAUCGAUGGGGAGUUAAUAAAAGAGCAAGCUGUCACUGCCUUCCAGAAGGGCCACUGGCAGAGAGAGAAGCCGGUGCUGCUGGGUACGACCUCGGAGGAGGGGGUGAUCUUUGCGUACGGUGUCUUCACGAAGCCGGUCUCUGCGGUGGAGAGCACCGUGUACAUCACGGCCAUCUUUAAACAGCACGCACUGCGGGUCCUGCACAAGUACCUGCCCCUGUACAGGGACGCAGACCGCAGGGACAUGCUAGCUCAGAUCGUCACCGACUACGUCUUCCUGUGUCCGUCCAGGAGGUCGGCGCGUGCCGGCACAGCAGCGGGCAGCGAGGUGUGGACGUACGUGUUCGACCACGUGUCGUCAGACCAUCGUGUGUGGUCAGGUCUGACUUUCUGCUACCAGCACGUCUGCCACGGCGCCGAGCUGCCCUUCCUCUUCGACUCUGCCUCGGUGGCUAACUUCACCCUGACGAUGCCAGAGAAGCUGCUGUCCAAUCGGAUGCUGUGCUACUGGGGCGCCUUCGCACACACCGGCGACCCGUCCUCGCGGGCCCAACAGACCGCUUUCUGCCGGGAGCAGCGUCUGCCCGUUUGGCCACGCUACUCCGACACCAGCAGCUGGCUGGUCAUGAACCUGACAGUGCGCUCACACGCACAAGUAGAAACCAGGAACCAUAUAUGUGACUUCUGGGACCAUCUGGGCAUCUAUUAGUGAGGCUGGGCAGCUGUUGGGCUGCUUUGCAUCGAGGUAGUAUCAAUACAUGCUGUUCUCUUUUCUUCCUUAGAAUGUAAAGUCACAAAAUCUCACAGCAGGAAAUUGCGAUGUUCACAAAAGUAUAUGCAUCAGUAUUAAAUAUGACCUUUUAGGAAUCACUACCUCGCUGCAAUUAUUUCAAUAAAUCGUUGGUCACCAGUAGGGAAAAAAAGCCCCACCAUCUUCCCUUUAACGUGACAAAGGAUGCUCAACCUGAGCAAAAAAACGUACUCUCAUCCUGAAGCUAUAUGACACUACAGCAUUAAAGUAUAGAGACGGAGAAAUGGAGAGGGUCUAGAGGAAAAUUACA